AUGUCUGGCAAACCGCCUGGCAAGCCUUCGCUUAAGCUGACAUUCAGCAAGCCAAAGGUGCCUCAACUCCCGAAACAGGCCAGCCCUCCUUCCGCAAGCCCUCCUCCCGCUACCACACCCGGUUCCGCAAUCCCUAAACUCAAACUCAAGUUCGGUGGCCCAAAGCCAGCCCCAGCACCUACACCCCCAGCGGCAUCGAAACCGAAGAAAGCCCCCAAACCCGCGACGGCCAAGGAUGCCCCACGCUCAUCGAAAAAGCGCCCGCGCGAUGUUGCUGAUAAAGGCGCGACUUCGGUGACGGCUUCAACGCCAGCACCGGCAGUCAAACGAAUCAAAUUUAGCUCCAAGCCUCUACCGUCGAUCCGGCUCAAGAGUAAAGGUGAGCCGCCUCGCAGGCCCAGGGGCGUGGGCUACGAUUCCGGCGCUUCUGAUACCGAGAUCGAUCCGGCAUUGGAAGAGGAGUUUAUUCUGCGCAUGCCACCAGGCGAGGACUGUGAUUAUGUGCGACAGGCGGUUGAAGAAAAGCGCUUUGGGCCACGAAGCCAAGGUGGUGCUGAUAUCAGUUUCAAGGCAUUGACUCGGGAUGGACGAAGAGCAAUCGUUACGGUUCGGGGGAGGAUGUAUGCUGCUUCGCUGGUGGACUUGCCUUGUGUCAUAGAAGCGAUGAAGAGUUGGGACAGACGUGCUUGGUACAAGUCGGCUGAUAUCUGUCAGAUGCUACUGGUUCUCGGUCCCGUGAAGUCGGAGGACGAAGCGAAGACGUACCCGUUGCCGAAGGAUGCGGAAGAAGGGCCGCCAGAGUUUGAGGUCAUGGAUUACAAUCAGUACAUGCGGGAGGAGUCGGGAUAUCAGGAAGAGUACGAUGAUGAGCAGGACGCUGAAGGCGAAGCCGACGAGACCGCAUAUGUUCACCCCGGAGCCCAGGACGAGAUGGCAGGCCUAUUCGAAGACGACCUGGCAGCCGAAAUGGAAGCCGCGUUAGCGGCACACGCAGAAGCGAGCUCGAUGCCUACAUCCGCCAUCGCCGAGGAGAAUCAGGCUAUUGGAGGCGUGGUGGAGGCAGAACCCGAAACCGAAGCGGAGAUGGGCACGCCCAAACCCGCGACUGGCGGUGAAACAUCAGGCGAUGAAGACGAGAGCGAGGAGUCCUCACCCGAGGAUGGGAAUGAGGAUAUGGACGAAGAUGCAUUGGAGCAGCAGCGCCAGUUGCAGCAGCAAAGAGAAGAAAUCGCAGAGCUUGAGGCUCUGGUACGUGCGGAAACCCUGAAGUGGGAGCAGAUGCCGAAUCCGAUUUUGAAAGCGAAAGUUGGUAGGAGAGUGCAGAGCUUGAAGCAGGAACUUGAGCUUAAGAAGGUCUCCGUUGGAGAAGGAAAUGCUGAUGAUUGA